GCUUCUUCCGCGAUGCCGUUUAUACAGGAGCCGAUCUCUCCGUUUGAAACCAUCAGAUCUAUGAACGCCAACUUGGAUCAAUGGCACGGAGAAAAGAAUGUUACGUUUCAAGAAAAAUUCAAAACCUACAAACAUCAGAUGGAAACAUCCAAUGUUAUCCUAUCCUACUCACACUGGGUCAUGAGUGAGCGUCUCCGUGUGGAAGAUCCACAACUCUAUAACACUUGGUACCAUGAAAUGCAGUCCACGGGCAUCGAAACGCCUGUUCCCAAAUCAACAAGAUCUGCCGUUGAACAACAUGUUCAGCGUAUUACACAUGUAUUGAAACGCGCAGCUGAACACAAUGUCGAUUUUGACGCUUCACCACCACGUCCCUCAACAAGCAUGCAACCGGUAUCCGCCAUUCCAUCGUCGAAAGUACAUGACAUGCUUGAUACCGUACCGCCACAAUUAACACGUAUCCCAGAUGAGCUAUUACAUGAAGCGUCACAAACAGCUGAAUCUGACAAUACGUUUGUACAAGAUAUAGUCCAACGCCUCAACUCCACCGACAACCUGUGGACCUUCAUCUACCGCGGUCCAGAACCUGUUAUCUUGUCAAACCAUCGUAGUAAGGCAAUACUAAUAAAACACGACGACCACUACCACGUCGUCUUUCAAUCUCUGCCACAGCACCUUAACCGAUCGUUACAACACAUUCUACAGGCCUUAUCCAUACCUCCAUCCAAUAUGUUUGAUAUCCUAACUACAAUACAACCAAUUAUUGACUGGUACAGAUUCGCACCAUACUUCGCACGUUCCGGAUGCAGUGUCCAACUUAUCGGUAAUAAGCUCCAACCUCUGGCCUCCCAUACUGAACUAACACCGGUUGACCAAAAGGACUGCGCCCUACUCAACCGAGAUUCUCGACGUAUAGAACACCAAAAGGCAAAGCGCACAAAAUGUACUGAGCUCCUCAAUAAAUUAAUUGACACACACCGAUGCACCCACAUUAAGGAUCUGAAAUGGCGUAUCACACGAAAACAGCGCCUAACCCUAUACGUGGAAUUCGGAAUCCAGUGGGAGAGAACGGCUAAACAAUGCAUCGAAGCAUACAACGUGGAAUUAUUCAAUAGGCAAACGAAUAUCUCCUUUGAGGAAUAUAUCAUGGAGAAUAAUCAUUAUAAUGUGUGCACACACCCACAAGAUCCUUGCACUACUUUCUUUGACGAUUUAUUAAGAGUGAACAAUAUCGACAAGGAUGCAUUUUGUACUGCUAUACACGAAAUCAUGAAUAAGAAGAUUGAUCAGCUCAACACCUUUUGCAUCGAAGGACCCACUACAACUGGCAAAUCUCUACUUUUGAAACUGAUAUCCCAAAACUACCACUGCGGGACUGUUCAAAUGUCUGCAGAUCACUCGCGAUUUUUUCUUCAAAACUUGGUAGAUAAGGCCGUCGCGCUCAUGAAAGAACCACGCAUUACCAUAAAAACGGUUCAUGACUUUAAAGCACUCCUCGGUGGUAAUACAUUUGACAUUCACGUGAAGCAUUCACCUGAUGUGACGUUACUGCGUGUGCCAGUACUGAUUUCAACCAAUCAUAGUCUCGGAAAGUACAUCACAUCUGUCGACGCUGCCGCUAUAUAUGAGUGUUGCCACAAAUUCAAAUUCAAUGUACGUGUAGGCUGUGCGGAACUGCCCGAACCACCGACCACCUUUUGUGCUUGCCAUUUUUCUUUCUGGUAUGGCAACUGGUGGCAAACGAAUCGCGGUCGAUUCGACAUUUGAGGAGGAGACUCCCGGAGAUACAGCACAAUCCACAGCCAAACGAAUCCGAUUCCUGCGAUCUUCCCAUAAUACCACUACCAUCACCAUUACACGUAAGCAAUACCUUACCAUUAACCAAUACGAACCGGCGGAUUCCUCAAGCACAUAUGCCAUUACCUGCCUACCCAUCUCUGCAUUCGAAUUUUUGUUUUUAAUUCAAUCCGAUCAACAGCACGCGGAACCAUUUGCAACUCUACGAGCAGCAUUUUCUCUGUGCACCCUUAACCACGCUACUGUCCACCUAUCACAUUAUAUCCCGCUACGGAAAUCGCCUCAGGGUUUCACGGCUACAUGUAUAUAGCUCAAGACGACACCGGUCUACUCAACACUGUUCUCACUAACGUAACCGAAGCAGCCCUACUAAACUAAGACUGUGAAAUCAACGCUAAUACAUACUGGCAAUUCACUUCCGAACAAGGUCUCCUUGCAUGUGACGAUGUACAAGGGCUAUCCGCAAAUGAAGUCUACUUUAAACGGUACGACUUUGACCAACACCCAGGCUUCCUCACUCGCACACCACUCCUUGUUUCCAAUGGAUACCGAUACAUGCCUGG